AUGCUACGGGACAUCUACGUUCAGCAAAUGUGCGCGGCAACCCAACAUGUUAAUCCUCGGGAUCGACGAACAAUUGUAUACUCAGACGAAAGUUUUAUUCACCACCAUUACAACAAAAGUGACAUGUCCCUCUACGACCCAUCAGACGACCUGGACAGCCAACCAAAAGCGAAGCACAAAGGGAAGCGAUACUGCUUCAUUGGUGCCAUUGUAGAUGACGGGGAGUCCAACUCAAGACAGUACCAGGACGACACGACAUUCCAUGACGUUGGGCAGCGCUUGGACACAGCUUGUGCCAGCUUGACAUCACAUGCGAUAUUUGGCUGUAUCGGGAAGGCUGAGCAUGGCCUGUUGGACCUACACAAACACGUAUCAAUCAUCGAUGACGACAACUACGAAGAGGAGUGCCAUUCAGACGGCAACGAAUCUGACGGCUCCGUGUCCAGCUCUUCCUCACAGUCGGAAUGA